GGGAACGGUAAAAGUGAAAUUGUGACAUUUUACUAUAUUUGGAUGUGAAUUAUUUUGUGGUAGAUGCUGAUCUGUCUAACCCACACUUCCGUCUUGUCUUUGGGUUUUCCGUCACUGUUUGACUUAGAGUAAGAAUGUGACGUCAUCGUGGAUUUUCAAUAAGAUUACAGAGCGGUGGUACACGGACGAAUUGUGAAUAAUCUCUCAAUGAGUAUGGGAGAAGUGUCUAGUGGAGGACCGUGUUGCCACAACGCGACGUUUCACAGGCUCGGGAGGAAGAGAAGAAUCCGCUAAGCAAAUUCCACACUACAGUUGCUGGAUCGUGACCUGCAGCUGCACCCUAUGUAGAGCAUCGCACAAAAUCAUCAUCAUCUGUGCGGCUCUCGCUCUCUCUCGCUCUCUCUCUCACUUGCACUGCCCUCUCAAGUUUUCCUUAAGCACUGGUUUCAACAAGAUGGGGGUCUUACUGGGCGGUAAUAAGCCGCAUGGAUCGGCGCUGCGGUUAAGCGAUGAUCAGCACGGAAGGGGGUCGAAAUUAGGCUGUAGGUCUAGAGUAGAAGUCUAGAACAAAGCUUAUGGCAGCUGGAUUAGAAUGAACCAUUUGGAACUGUGACUCCUCCGUUGUUGCUUUUGUCGUCAGUUCCAAAGCAUCCCAUCAUCCGACCAUACAGGGCAGGAGCGUCACGGGGGAACGGAUGGCGUCGAUUGAAUGCAGGACGUGGCCAGUCGUGGCAACUAAGAAUGCUCCAUCGCUUGCGUGCACGCCUCCCUCCUCUCAGCAAUGGCAACAACAAUUUUCCUACGUUUAUACGUUCCCGUUUGCUUUGACACGAUUGCAAUCGCUGGUGGAGGAGCAUGCAUGCUGAAUAUUCAUCGGACUGGCGUAGUUAGUUCGGUUAGAGAUAGAGAUGAAUCUUGCACAAUGUAAGACACUCCACAAUCCGCAGUCCUGCCGAGACUUGGGAUGUGGACAUUUGAAGGUGAUUGCGGGGCAUUCACCAUCACAGAUUCCGUGUAGAUCAAGAGCCGGAUUGCAGUCUGGUGCUAAAUCUGUUCCUCCAUCUGGCAAUAAGUUGCACAGCAACUUUCUUGAUAAUCACGCACAGAAAAUUGCGCCUAGUGCAUCGUCACAAAAUCGACUCCGACUAUCGUUGUCAUUUCAACCUGUUGUAGCCUUUUCGUCGUCUCUUAAGUUUUUCCGAUUCGGAGGAGACGAGGAGUCUAGAGAGCCUUCUCAGGUUCUACGAUCAAUAGACUUCCAAGAGCAUGUAGAUGCAACGAAGAUCUUUCUCGAAGAUACGCAAGGUUCAGCCGAAAAUGUUGACGGAGAGUUUGAGUAUCUCGUGAAUGGUUCGGAGCCUUUACAAUCAGUCGACAAUAUGGCUAACCUCAUGGACUUAGCAGCUGAAGCUAGUGGAGAGGGUGCUGACACUUGCAUGGAGAUGGUAAAACCUGUUGAACACAUGUCAAGACCCUUGAUACAGAAUUUUGUGAAGUUGAGGUCAUUCUGGAAGAGGGAGAACUUCGAUCGUGAGGCGCUGAAAAGCGCUGAAACCAGUACGACAGCGACCCAAAUCGAGAGUUGCCAAUUUAUUCCAUCGAAUUGUGGAUGCCAACGCUGUGGAGCUUGUUGUAGUGAGUCAGCGAUAGAUCCUGGGAACGUAGCAGUGACGCCGCACACUGAAAUAGCUCGCAACAAAGAGUACUUCGCCAAGUUUUUAUACCGUGUUCCGUCUGCAGAAAGAAAGCGAAUCACGCAAAUGGCACACAUCAGCAAUUUAGCGUAUAGAAUACCUACCAUUGAGGCAAGUAAGCUGCUCAGACAUCACCACUUCCGAAUGGUUACGUCAUCCUUCGGGUUGAAGGCAUCUGCUCCAGCUUCGGGCAAUGGCAAGGACUCCACCACGCAGGACUUAAAGAUGAAAUCUAACACUGGAGGAAGAAAGCAUGAUCAGACAGAAGCUCACGCAAGGACAGAGAGGAUAGAUGAAGGGGCCAUGGCGUCGCUGAACCCGGCUGCUGGUUACGCCAUGGCCGCCACAGCAGCGUCCUGUAAUGCGCAAGCUUGUGACCUACUUCUCUCCAAAGCAGAGAGCGACGCAUCAGCAUUUGGAGACGAAAUUGAAGGUGACUUUCGUGAUGAUGUGGGUGCCCCUCAGAAUUGUGACGGCGAUUCUGGGAUUCUUGACAAGGACAUGGGAGCGUCCAAUACCUCACCUAAGAAUCCAUGGUACAUGAGAACUGCAGCUUCAAUCCUGAGAGCCGCGCCAAGGGUUCCCGCAGAAGAACCAGAAACAGAGCAUCUCCCGCAGGGUUGUCCGUGCGAAUGGUUUGCGUGUGAAAAUGACGCCACAAGCACACUCGUCAUCAGUAUCCAGGGUACGGAGACGCUGGCGGCAUGGCAAGCUAACCUGCAAUUUGAACCAACUCAAUUUGAACCUGAGGCAAACACAGGAGUCAUGGUGCAUCGAGGGAUUUACGAGGCUGCGAAGAGACUCUAUGAGGAGGUGCUUCCAUGCAUUAGUGCUCAUAUGGAGAAGCAUGGGGAUAAUGGCCGGCUUCAGUUCACAGGCCAUUCUCUCGGAGGUAGUUUAGCCAUGCUUCUCUCGCUCAUGGUUGUGGUUCGGAGCACAGCACCAGUUUCUGCGAUGCUACCUGUCUACACGUUCGGCUCUCCUUGUGUCAUGUGCGGAGGAAAUCACUUGCUUGCUCAUCUGGGCUUGCCGCACAGCCAUAUCCGGUCAAUCAUCAUGCACAUGGAUAUUGUUCCUCGAACAUUUGCUUGUGAUUAUCCUGACCACGUCACGGUUGUCCUAAAGCGUGUCAGUGGCACAUUUCGUAAUCACACGUGCCUUCUUCAACAGGUAACGUGCCUAACUCGGUUCCACUUUGGAUUUGCAGUACUAGCGAACUCUAAGAGGUUAAUCUAUGCUCCCAUGGGCGAGAUGGUGAUAAUGCAGCCUGAGGAGGACCAGGCUCCUGAGCAUCCCUUGCUUCCAGAAGGCAGUGGUUUGUACAGCUUGAGAUAUCCGAGCCAGGUUGGAAUUUCAGGGGCAAAGAAUGAGAAACCCUUACAACCAGCGAGGGAAUUGCAGUCUGCAGAGAGAGCGUUCCUCAACGUUCCUCAUCCUCUUGAAAUUUUGAGCGACCGCAACGCUUACGGCUCGGAAGGAACCAUUUCUAGGGAUCAUGAUUGUCGCAACUACUUAAAAGUCUUGCAACUUAUGCGGCGGAAUGAAUUGAGGCAGCGAAGACGAACACUCAGAGAGUUCCGACGCCAGCUCUGGACGCCGCUGUCGAAGGAGGGCGAUGUCUCACUUGGUCAUUUUCACACUGAACCUGAGAAUUAUUCGUGUUUUACAGACAGGCAGCCCGUGGGCUUGGAAAGUGGUUCACAGUGUCGGGACCUGGAGAGCUCAGAAAAUUUGGAAUGGGCUGGAAAGCACUUCCCUCACUUCUUAUUCAGGCGGAAGAGGUCAGGGCCGUCGUCGUCGAAAAAUGACCGGUCUGCUGCAAGACCUUGACUCUCGACUUCCACACUGAAAUUGUAUUCGAGCAUUCUUGCGUGAUAUGAUAUAAGGGGGUAUUACACCCUGCGUCACGCCGAGAAGAUUUGUACAGGAGUAUUGAACACACCCAAUUGUGAUGGAGUCCUCGCGGACUAUUUUACAUGGAUGACUAACUACGUGAAAGUCCAGAUCAAAUGUCAAGAUACGGCCCUCUACGACAGGAGUCACUUCAUCCCCUUUCAAGGGGCCUUACACACACACAGCCAGCAAAAGUGUACACAACAGCAGCAAAAACGCUGGCCUUAUACAAUUUACCAUUCAUUUCAGCACGAGACUCUCGUUUCCAAUGACGAUGUAGAUGAGAGAUGGUUGGAGGUUUUCUCCCCAAAUGUUUUCUAGCUUGUGCCAGAUCCUCUCCUCACAAGGAGUUCCAUACCAGGAGCUUCGCUGAAACGCCAACUACCUAAUCUUUGCUUCCGUCAUCUUAGAAUAGUGGGGUGUCAUCUGUGGCUUUGAUUGGAAUUUUUGGUCUCAAGAAUUCUAGCCUGCACUAAGUAAUGUUCAGAAUGCUCAUUAGUCUCUAAAUUCAUGAACUCUGGCCCUUGUUAAAGAAGAUUUGCAAAAUGAGUUAGUUACUCAACAGAGCUUUCGGUGUAAAAACUUGUAUCAUGGUUCUUGACCAUCAUGAUGUCCUAUUCUGCUAUGAAGAUUUUGAACUCUAUUAUCCCA